UGGGGAUGGACCAUCCUUUCUGUCUUAAAUCUCUUGACCCGCUUCCGUCUUUGCCGGGAGGGAUGUAGAAAAAUGAUUUGUAGUAAAUAUAAAGAGUAGGGCCGAGGUUGGACCUUUACUCUUUACUAACGUGUGUAUAUAUAGCACUACUCUAAAUUACUCAUUCCUCACAUCCAUCACCUACUCCAUAUCUAUACGAUGACAGUCAUGAGACUUGUUUACCUACUCACCUUUCUUCUAUCCAUUGCGUCUUUUACACUUACCUUAUGCAAUGGAAACCUGGUCCAUUUGCCUUGCAAAGAAAAUGAGAGACAAACACUUCUUAUGUUCAAGAAAGAUCUCGGUGAUUCUUCAAAUAUGUUUUCCUCUUGGGAUGGUGAAGGCGAUUGUUGCAACUGGACCGGUGUUGCCUGCAGUAAUUUAACCGGUCAUGUCCGUGAGCUCCACCUUGCUGGUUAUUUGGAUGAAGUGACUGGUGAGGUACAUAUGCUGGGUGGCAAGGUAAAUCCUUCUCUACUCAAUUUAAAGCAUCUCAGCCACUUGGACUUAAGCUUCAACAAUUUUGAAGGACUACAGAUUCCCAGCUUUUUGGGUUCUCUUAAACUUUUAAGAUAUCUUGAUCUCUCGGGUGCAGGGUUCAACGGAACCAUUCCUCAUCAGUUGGGAAAUCUCUCAAGUCUACGUUAUCUCGACCUUUCUCGCAACUCUGAUUUGAUGGUCGAGAAUCUUGAAUGGCUCUCUGGUCUUUCUCUGUUGAAACAUCUUGACAUGAGUUAUGUAGCUCUUACCAAUGCAUCUCGUUGGUUACAAGUAAACACACUCCCUUCUCUGCUGGUAGAGUUGCAUUUUUCUUACUGCGAACUUCAUCACAUGCCAAGUGGUAUUGCGAACUUGACAAAUCUUAAAGUUCUUGAUCUUUUUGAGAAUGAUGUCAACUCUACCAUACCUACAUGGUUGUACAGUUUGGGCAAUCUUGAGUCCCUCAAUCUUUCUUCCAAUGCUUUCCAUGGUGAAAUUUCGAGUUCCCUUGGAAACUUGACAGCCCUUGUUGAUCUUCAAUUAAGUGGGAAUGAGCUUGAAGGGGAAAUCCCAAACUCCUUGGGAAAUCUUUGUAGGUUGACUUCUGUUGGUCUAGGUUAUAACAAUUUUAGGGGAAGGGUAUCAGAAAUCUUAGAAAGUUUGUCUCGGUGUAGUUUUGAUCAAAGAGAUUAUUUAGAUUUUUCGAAUAAUAAUUUUUCAGGUCUCUUUCCGAUGUCCUUAGGAAAUCUAUCAUGCUUGCAAUACUUGAGCAUUGAUCAUAAUUCAUUCGAGGGUGUUGUCUCUGAAGCUCAUUUUACUAAUCUUACAAGAUUGAAAGUGUUUACUGCAGAUGAUAACUCCUUGACUCUUAAAACCAACUAUGACUGGGUUCCUCCUUUUCAACUUUCUACCUUGAGUUUAGGUUCUUGGCGUCUGGACCCAUCAGAGUUGCCUACAUGGCUUCAAAGUCAAAAUCAAUUGUCUGCUCUUAACUUGUCCAAUACAGGAAUUUCAGGUACCAUUCCGACUUGGUUCUGGAACAUCUUUUCAUAUGAUGUAGAUAACCAUGUGUUUCUCUCGAGUAAUCAAUUGUCCGGGGAGGUUCCAAACAUAGUUUUUGCCAAUUCUUUCUCUAUGGGUUCAAAGUUUGUAAUUGACUUAAGAUCGAACCAGUUCAACGGUUCAUUGCCACUUGUGUCUUCGGCAGUGAUUGCAUUAGAUCUUUCGAAUUCAUCAUUUUCAGGAACUCUCUCUCACUUCUUUUGUGAUAGGAGUGAUGUACCUAAAAACCUUCAUGUUCUUCAUCUUGAAAACAAUCUCCUCGAUGGAGAAAUUCCUGAUUGUCUGUCAUACUGGCCAAACUUAACAACUGUGAAUUUAGAAGACAACAAUUUGACAGGGAAAAUUCCAAGCUCUAUUGGAGACUUACUUUCCCUUCGAUCAUUGUACUUGCGCAAUAAUAGCCUAUCGGGAGAAUUACCCGUGUCCCUACAAAAUUGUGAGUGGUUGAUUCUUCUUGACCUUGCUGGAAACAAGUUUGCUGGAGGCAUUCCAAUAUGGUUUGGCCCAAGCUUGACAGUUCUUAGUCUUCGUUCAAAUAAGUUCCAUGGUUUCAUUCCAGAUGAACUCUGCAGUCUCACACAUCUCCAAAUCUUGGACCUUGCUUAUAACAAUCUGUCGGGAACGAUACCAAGAUGCUUCCAAAAUUUUUCAUCCAUGGCCACUACCCUUUCAAGCAAAGUAGGUACCACUGGCUAUGUUGUUUUUUAUAUGAAUGGUAAGGCCUACAUAGAGAAAGCGGAUUUUGUGACCAAAGGCAGAGAAGUGAAAUAUGACACAGUGCUUCUUUUGGUAACUAGCUUGGACCUUUCAAGCAACAUGAUAUCUGGAGAAAUCCCCGAAGAGCUGACUAGCCUCAUUAUCUUGCAAACAUUGAAUUUAUCCAAUAAUCUUUUGGCUGGAAGAAUUCCUUCCAAAAUCGGUGAUAUGAAAAUGUUAGAGUCACUUGAUUUGUCUGUGAACCAACUUUCUGGUGAAAUUUCUCCAAGCAUAUCGAACUUGACAUUUCUCAGUUAUCUGAAUUUGUCUUAUAACAAGCUGAUAGGGCAGAUUCCGAUAAGCACUCAGCUUCAGAGCUUUGAUCAGUCUAGUUAUGUUGGCAACAAACUAUGCGGACCUCCGUUGAAAGAGCGUUGCAGUGUAAAUGAGGCCAUGCCACCGGUAGGUGAUGACAAGCACGUACAAGGUUAUUUACUUGACGACGGUGGAUUCUAUUUGAGCUUGGGGCUUGGAUUUGCAUUCGGGUUUUGGAUUGUUCUUGGUUCAUUGUUGUCUAAUGUGCCAUGGAGCAAUGCAUUUUCUCAGUUCCAAAAUCGCAUUGUGAAGAAGCUCUAUGCUGCAAUUGUUGAAUGUUAUUAACUAUUUUUCAGCUGUUAGAGGCGUUUGUGUGGUUUGUUUCUACUUUUCUGCUAUACAAAUGGAGUCUUUGUGCCAAUUUAUUUUGUCUUUUCUUUGGUUUUUUUUCUUUUCCUGAAUAAAAUUGUAAGAUUUGCUUUAUAAAUAUGAAAUUUCAGAUAC